GCUUUUGGAAAAUAUUUUCUGUUCUAUUUUGUUACGUACGACAUGCGCAGAAACCUACAGUCAUUGACAAGUUCUUCAAUAUAAUCCGCGAGAGCAGACGAACUGCUCACAUUUUGUUCUGCCGGCAGCAGGAUGCAGUCUGCGAAGCUAGUGGUAUUCGAUCUAGAUUACACAUUAUGGCCAUUUUGGGUUGAUACUAAUUUAACAAGUCCUUUUAAGAAAGAAAACAAUAGUGUUAUUGAUGGUUGUGGGAAAAAAAUCAAAUAUUACCCUGAAGUGCCUGAAGUUUUAGAGAAGUUGAAACAAGAGGGUUAUAUCCUUGGUGUAGCAUCUAGGACUGAUUGGCCUGAAGGAGCCAGGAAAUUAUUAAAGUUAUUUGACUGGAAUAAGUAUUUUACAUAUACAGAAAUUUAUCCUGGCAGGAAAACAACACAUUUUCGAAGAAUGCAUGAAGAAUCUGGCAUUCCGUAUUCUGAAAUGCUUUUCUUUGAUGAUGAGCAGAGAAAUAUAUCGGAUUUGAAGGCAAUUGGUGUAAAAAGUAUACUUGUAAAUGAUGGAGUCAAUCUGAAAAUUGUUGAAGAUGCUUUAAAAUCCUUUAAGACAUCAUAAUGUUAAAAGUAUUUGUAAAUAUAAACUGCAUUUUAUUUCCAUUUUAACACUAAUUAUAUUUCCAUGCAGUAUUUUUUUAUUUUGCAGCAGGUAUAUGAAAGUCUGUUAAGUAUUUUAUCAAAUUCUCAUUACAUAUUCAGCACAUAUAUUAUUUUUCUUUUGUAAUUUUGUUGUAGUAAUACAGAAAUAUUGGUAUACUGGUAAGCAAGUUCAUAUUAUUAGAUCAAGUUAAAGCUAUCAAAAAGUAUCCAUUUUUUAUUACGUGUUUGUAAGCUAAAAUAUCUUUAAAUUGUCUAAAAAUUAUCGAAAAUAGCAAAUUGCAAUUUAAAGUUGUGUAUAGAAAAAUGAUAAUGUACUCCAAAAGUUUUCUAUAAAUGAUGAAAAAUCUCAAAUUUGUUAAUUUAAAGAAUUUGUAAAUGCGAUAAAUAAAAAAAGAAACCAAUAUGAAAGUAGCAAAAAUCAAUAUUAAAAUUUGUUUUUGUGUAUCGUUUCAAUUGAAAUUGCAUCCAACUUAAAAUCAAAAUGUAAUUGAUCAUUGUUGUCACUUAGUAUAGUACACAGAAAUAAUAACAUUGAAGUACACUAGUACAUUGAAAUAAUAAUUUACACAGAAAAGUUCUGAAUAGAGUUUUGCAAGAAUCUAAUAAAAUCUGUUGUUUGGUAAUUUUCAUGUUUUCUUCUUCAUCUGAAAUUUACUCUUCUGUUUAAUUGAAUGAAUAGGAAUAAAUUUAUAAUUACUUGCUCUUUUUGAAUUCAAAAUUAUAAAAUUAAUUAUUUUUUCUUGCUUUUAAAACUUUUAAAAAAGUAGAAUUACGAGUUUUGGUUCAAUAUUUUAAUCUGUUAUAACACAAUUAAAAAAAAUAUAUGAAUCUAUUAUCUUUGAUUUUUUAAAAAAUUUUUGUAAAAUUUCUUUUAUAGUAUUCCUUUGUGUAAUAUUAUAUGCGAUUCAUCAACAAAUAAUUUCUAUGUGGAAUAUGAAUCAAGGUAUUGAAGAACACUAGGAAUUAUUGUGUGCUAUGAAAAUAUAAUAAUAUGGAGCAAAUUCCAGUUAAUCAUGGAAACAGAGUAAUGCUUUAGCUUUUUAAUUUUUAUGGGUGAAUUUUUUUAUUUCAUGUAUAAAAAUAAAUUCACCUCUACCCAAAGGAAAAAUUGCAAAUCACUUUACUUUCCUUUCUAGUAUAGUUUCUAGUUUUUUUUUUUCUUUGCAGAAGCACAUGUUGCAGUAAGUUUUUAAACAAUUUUAAAUUUCAAAGUAAAUUAUAGUAAUUUUUAAUUCCAAUUCUGUGAAAGCAUUUAUAAAGAACUGUUUCACAUGAACAGCACUAAUUGAAGUUUGUAAAAGCAGGCAAUUUACGUUGUGAAAGGUAACACAGAAUAUGUCAUAUAAGCUCUGUAUAGAAAUUUCAUAUUGUUGUUAUAGCUGUCUGUAUACAUGUAUAUGUAUCAUUUGCAUUACAUGUACUUAAAAAAAGGUCUUAUUACAUUUGCUUAAAAGUAACUAUAAUAUUCGUUAUAAUGAUUAUUGAUAUCUUGUAUGAAGAUUUUCCUUCUAUGUUGUUUAUAUUUUUUGUCUGCUGUUAUUUCUAUAUAAAAGUUAUGUGCUUCUAAUGUUUUGAAUUGCUAAAUAUAAUAUAAUAACUAACUUAGAUGUGUUUUUAUUUGAUAUAUCUAAUAAUAAUAAUCUGUUAUCAUUGUAGUAAAAAAUAGUUAAAUAUUUUUAGUAUUAAAAUAAGUGAUGAUUAUUCGUACAUUUAAAAUUAUUUUAAUUGCCA